CAGGUUUGAUGAAGUCAGGGCGGCAGUGAAGGAGUUAACCCGAGUGCUGGAGUAACAAAGGAGCUGGUGAAACUUCCUGUGCCGCUGCUGUGGGAUAAUUCAAUGACUGGAUGAUUUUGAAGACUUGCCUGUUACCAAGAGGCCCCUCUGCUUCCAAUGGAGGAGUUGAACAGCAAUCUAAUACCUGGGCCCCAGGUGGAGAUGUUAGUCGACGUGCCCCAACGAAUAUUGAGGGGGCUUCCUCAUGAGGUGACUUUGCAACAGUCCGCAGUUGACGAGAGGCGCAUUGGUGUGUGGGCCACCAGGUCUAUACAGAAGGGCAGGAGAUAUGGUCCAUUCUCAGGAGAAAAGAAGAAAAAGGCCCGGGUGAAUAGCAGCGUGUACAUGUGGGAGGUUUACUUCCCCCAGUACGGGUGGAUGUGUAUCGAUGCCACUGACCCAGACAAGGGCAAUUGGUUGCGGUACGUGAACUGGGCUCGCUCCUCCGAUGAGCAGAACCUCUUCCCGCUGGAGAUCAACAGGGGCAUCUACUACAAAGUCUUCAAGCCGAUCGAGCCGGGCCAGGAGUUGCUGGUGUGGUACAAUGGGCAGCAGGACGCCGACAUCACAGCCGCUCUAGAGGAGGAGAGGAGCCGCCGUCCGCGCCGAAGGAGCUCGGCCAGAGGCCCCAGAGGGAGGAAGAAAUUACGACGGCGGAAAUUAGAAAUUGAGGAAGAACUUAAGCAAGGUUUUCAGAAGCAUGAACCUUGCGUCUCAGAAGCCAAUUCAACAGAGCAGAGAAUAGAAGUUCACAGAAUUGUUUCACAGAAGGUUCUGCCUCAACCAAAGGACUUCCAGAUGUCCCUUGAGGCAGAGACAAUGUCAGAAGAAAAUACCAUUGAAAAUCUCCCAAGAAAGAAAAUUUCAAUCAAAUCUCUGAAGCAGAAACCAAAAGGCGAUCAGAACGGGAUGCAGGAUGUUGAAGAGACCCACAUGUUUCCCUGCAAAAAUUGUGAGCGCAGAUUUACCACGAAGCAAGGUCUGGAGCGUCACCAGCACAUCCAUGUAUCCACAGAAGGGUUCACGUUCAGGUGCAGGUAUUGCGGUAAAGCCUUUGGCACUCACAUCAACAUGAGACGGCAUGAGCGGCGCCACGAAGCUGGGCCCAAGAGGAAGCCCACCUUCAAAGUGAUCAUGUCCGAUCAGCGCCUGAAGGAUGAUUUUGAUUUUGACAAGACGGCAAUUGACAUUAGUUCCGAUCCAUCAAGUCGACUGGAAAGCCCAACGGCUCUGGAAAAUUAUAAGAAAACUGAUUCUGAGACGUCAGUCCAAAAUAUGGACACUUCUGUCUUAACGAGUUGUGAACCAAAAAUCCAACACCCGUGCAAACUGUGCAAAAAGACCUUUGGUUCUUACACCAACUUGCGCCGGCACCAGCGCCGUAUCCAUGAGCGCCACCUCUUGGCCAAGGGCAUCAGGAUGAGACGGAAGGUUUCUGCAGAAGACCAGGAUCCAACGUCCGAGCAAACGAGGGCUGCUGGCGGGCUCCAUGUUACCAGCACAGAAACUGAAGAUGACGAGGAAGACGAGGAGGAAGAGGAGACGGACGAGUGCCAAGCGUACAUUAUGGACGUUUCCAGUAACAUCUCUGAGAACCUGAACCACUAUAUUGAUGGAAAGAUUGAGUCAAACAGCAGUACCAGCAACUGUGAGGUGAUAGAGGUGGAUACUGCUUGCACAAAUCCAUUCGGCCUGCCUUCUGUGCUGUAUCCCGUGACCGAUGAAUCGCCUCAGAAUCUUAAGACCACAGCACAACUUCCAGUCACCCAUUCUCUUCUGAAUGAAGUGAAAGACGGCGAUUUGAAAGGUCCAAAAAGAAGGCGGACCAGCAGCCCUCCUCCCUUCCCAAAGAUGAAAACUGAGCUUGGUGUCGAGACCAUAUCACCAGUGGUCACGCCGUUUGGUGGCCAGCCUGUCAUGGGUCAGACCACUGGCAGCUUGAGCGGGCAUCAGGAGAAAUGUAGCCUGUCCUCCAAGCUGAAGCAGCUCCUCCAGAUCCAAGAAAAUAACUCGCCCAGAUCAGGCCUGUUUCCAGAUGGGUCAGUUGGCCCAUCAACAUCAACAGCAGCACCAAUGGGAUUUGGCCGAUUCAAGAGGAGAACAACUUCACCUCCAAAUUCCCCACAGCAUAGUCCUGUACUGAGCACCACGGGAAAGGAUUCUGACUUUAUACGCAUAUGGAAUGAAAGUGUACCUGGCCUGAAAGCAUCAAAAAUCGAAAGCCAGAGUAGCUCGCCUGCCUGGAGCCUCUCCAGCCGAGAUGAAACUCUCAGUCCAAUGAGUCUUGAAAUGUGCAAAAUAACCACCUCGAAGGAAUUUGCAGGGAACCGUCCUCUGGCUAAUCUCUGCACUCACCAGCCUCUGGAUCUGUCCAGUGGCUUUAAGCUGCAGUCUGAUGUAAAAACAGAAGUGGAAGGGCCAGGCAUAGCCAUCUUAGAUCUGAGUCUGCAUAAAAAGUUGUGCAGUGAAAAUGAAGUUAAGGAGGAAAUGGGGGUUGUUGGUGCUCAAGUUUCAUGCAGCAGUAAGAAGAAGAAACCAACAACCUCUGUGUUGGAAAAGGUGCUUCUGAAUGAGUAUAAUGGCACAAUGAAAGAGGACUCUGAGGACAGUCCUGAGCCAUGCCUGGAGGCAGAGGUAUCAUCUAAUCCUAGUUCAACCCCAACAUCGAUUGCAACUCCAACUCCUGUAACAACACCUGCUCCUUCUCCUCCUCCUCCAGUGCUCUCCGUACCAUCACCCCUUCCAGAGUCGGUAACCCAGGUUCUACAGUCAAUAACUCCGGCUUUGUCACCGGUCAGCAUAAACAUUAAGGAAGAAGUUAAAGAUGAAGGCUACCCAGACUCGGACAGCGAACACGAAAUGAGCAAUAACCACCCGCCCACCAUCGAACCAGAAUCCCCUCCAGAAAUGCUCAUUAAAAACUGCACUGAAGACCAGGAGGAUGCAGAAAGCCAGGAGGAUGCAGAAAGCUGUCAGCCCACUGAACAAGAGGAAAAACCUGAGCCUACGUUCACCAAAAGUUUCCAGUGCAAUGUUUGUGAAACUCCAUUCCUUUCCAUCAAGGAUCUCGGCCAGCACUUGUUGGUUCAUGCCGAAAAAUGGCCGUUCAAAUGUGAGUUUUGUGUGCAGCUGUUCAAAGAGGCGGAGGCUUUGUCCGAGCACCGUUCGUCUUUGCACGGGGUUGGCAAGAUCUUCGUGUGCUCCGUCUGCAAGAAGGAGUUUGCAUUCCUUUGCAACUUGCAGCAGCAUCAAAGCGACCUGCAUCCGGACCAGCAGUGCACGCACAUCGAGCUAGAGAAUGGAAUGCUGAGGCCCCAGAACUUCACCGACCCAGACAAGGCCACCAGCUGCCUCAGCCAGUCCAUCGGCGAGGGUAGCGUGCCGCUACAGGAGCCUCAGCAACGAGAGGGCGAGGAAGAUGAUGAGGACUCCAGCGACUUGACAGAGGAGCUGUAUACAACAAUAAAGGUGAUGGCAUCCGGGAUAAAACCAAAGAGCCCUGAUGUCCGUAUGGGACUCAAUCAACGUUACCCUAGCUUCAAGCCCCCUCCGUUUCAAUAUCACAACCGCAGUUCAAACAGCGCAGUGUCGUCGGCUGUGAAUUUUACCGCACACAACAUCCCCCAGACCUUCAGCACAGCCAUCCACUGCACAAAGUGCGGCAAGAGCUUCGACAACAUGCCCGCUCUUCACAAACACAUCCUGGCCUGUGCGUCCGCCAGCGACAAGAAACGCUACACCCCAAAGAAGAAUGCGAUCCCGCUGAAAAGGAAAAUAUGGAGGAAGAAUGGGGAAAUGGCCACCGAGCCGGUCAAGCAGAACACCAUCCGGAGAAUGGGCCAGCCAAAACGUCUUAACUUUGAAACGGAGACAAAGUCAAAACUCACCAUGAACAAAAUCAAAAUGAAUGUUCUGAAAAACAAAAGGAACCAGUUGGUGCAGAAGGCGAUCUCGCAGAAGAACAGGUCGACUGCCAAAGUGAAGGCCAUGUUGAAAAGCAGGAGCUCGGAAAGCCAUAAUUGCCCUUAUUGUGAGAAGGAGUUCACUUACUUGGGAAGCCUGAACAAACACGUAACCUAUAGUUGUCCCAAGAAGCCAGCCUCUCCUCCCGCCAAAGGGUCUAGCUCUCACUCCCCGGCCAGCAGUGACAAGGGAAGUGGGCAACGCAGGAGAACUGCAGAUACUGAGAUCAAGUUGCAAAGUACACCGGUUCUCUUGGGCAAAAGGAGAGGGAGGAUGUUGGGUCCUUUGCAAACCGAGUCUGUUUCUUCAGCACCAAAGUUACAGCACCGCAUGAAGUCCAUACCUUUGGUAAAAUCAAAGAAGCCCAACACGUCGCCCAUUGCCUCCAGGACUGCAAGUCCAGUAAGGUCGGCUAAAGGAUCACCAGCGGAGGGGAAGAGGUUGAAGUCCAAGCCCAGACAGCGGCCUUCAGCCACCGGCGGCAUGAAUUCACCGCGGCUUUACCUCCGAAUGAAGAACAAGAAAGUGGUUUGGCAGAGGAAAGCAAAUGUGAUCAAGCAGACACGGUCGGAGAGAUACGUGGGCAAGUCCAAGGAAACGCGAGCUGGUGCCGUGACACGAAGUGGGGCUCCGGUGGUCACUGAUAGCAACGAGAGUGACAUGGAAGAUGACCAGGAAAACCAGGGAUCAUCGGCAGAAGGUGUCCAGGUUUCUUCGUUGAAGCUGGUGAGGUAACAUCCUCGUUACCCUGUCUUUCCUCGACUGACCUGAAGCUCAGACUUUGAACCCAGCUUUUGCCGCUCAACUGGGUCCAAGAAAUUGAGUUGAGCCGGGUCAGAGGUCGCCCCAGAAAUGUGCGUCUCUGCCACGUUUGUUUCAGCCCGGCUUCCAGUCAGCUGACGCUAUACUCUGCAGGCACGGCGCAUUGUAUUUAAAUGAAAAAGGUGCUUCAACUGUAAGUUGAAGCACCGGACCUUUUGUAAACGUGCAGCCUAUGGACAAGACUGGAAGAAAAAGAGACCAUAUUUGGCAUGCACUUUGUGAAUCUGAGAUUUUUUUUUUAUUAUUACAAACUACCAGGCCACAGGCCAUUGCAUGGUCAUCUAAGCAACAAAUGGAACUAUGAAUCUUCAUGAAGAAGUAUCCUUUGAAAUAACAGAGACAGUUGUCUAUUGUCACCGGGCCAGCCUGACAUGCGGCCCUAUCUGUUGUUUCUAAUGGGGUUUUUUGAGGUGGGAGGGGGGGGGAGAAUAUCCAUUUUAAAAGAUUUAUUACUUAUACUGUUAUGGUCGGAAGGGAGAAUGUCCAUGCAAGGCUGUCUCUGUGCACCCGACUUCUUCUUCAUUCUCUUUCCCACUGUAAAACUGUUCAGAUACAAUUUUGAAUGGUAAGCCUAUCAAGAAUGUGUGUGGGUGUGUGUGUGUGGGUGUGCGUGUGUGUGUGUGUGUGUGUGUGUGUUGCACAGGAGUGCUACCAAAAUGGUCUUCACCAGGUCCCAUGCCCAGAAACACUGCUGCAGUUCCCCUUUUUAAUCUUGGGGCUUUCAAUGGUGAAUUUAGUUUGACAUUAUCGUCCCCGCAGCCACACUUCUUUCUCCCUUUCACCUCCGAGAAAGUUUGCCUCUUCCUCUCGAGAGACUCUCUCGAUUUCUACUGUAAAUUUUAUGGAUACAUUUUUGACUUGAAACGUUGUGGGGGGCGGGAGGGGGGGGAGAUACUAUUUUUCACACACGCAUCCAUUUCUGUUCUCAACUUAAAAUUGAUCUACCUCUUUAAAAUUGAAAUUUGUAAUCAACUUCUUUUUGCAAAGUCCACGCCACUUUAACUCUCCCGCUCUCAAAACCAUUCCUGUUUUAUGUUUCUGUUUGUGGGGACUUUGUUGAAAUAAACAUUGUAUGAAGUGUUUGUAGUAAUUAAAUAACAUAGGAUAUAUUUAAAAUUAUUUAAAUUGUGUUUUCAGGCAGCAGUGUCUGAUGUUUGUGAUUCCUUCAAUGCAUUGUUCAUUUUCAAUUUUUUUGGUUUAUUUUCAUUUGGGCUGUGAGAAUAAAUGUAUAGAACGUUUCUGUAAUCA